CUGCACGAGUUCCUAAGUACCAAACUAGACGCAUGCGUUGUAUGCACUUUCAUCUCAUACAGAAAAGUUUGUGAAGACCUUUCCACUGCGUUUUCUUCUAUUUUGCGCUAUUUAUAACGACACAAUGCAAUAAGUCGAGUAAAACAAUACCACGUAUGGAUGCAGUAGAGGAUAAUGCAGGAAAAUAUUCUGAAAAAGAAAAAAAAUUGAACAAUUAUGAGUCAUCGGUUGAAAGCGUGUCUCCAGAAAGAAGCGAGCGGCGAGGAAAAUCAUCCAAAAAACACAAACACAAGCACUCAAAGAGCAAGAAAAAGCACAAGAAAAGACGACACAGAUCAAGAACUCGAUCUAAAUCUCGCGAAAAGGGGGACACAUAUGCAGAAGGCACACUAGACGAGUCGGUUGUCGAGGGUCCUUUGCUUCCGAGUGUUGAAGUAUCACACGAGAAAAAUGAACAGAAAUCACAACCCAAUUCACCUGUAGAUAAUGAUAACUCAGAAAGUAAACGGCGGUCAAGAUCUAGGUCUUUUUCGUGGCCUCCAAGAGAAAGGAAUUCUAAAAGCAAGUCAAAGUCAAGAAGUAAAAGUCCUGUUAAUACAAUUAAUGGUUCUCUAGAAUCGAAAGUUCAGAGUAACGAGAAAGACACAGAUGAAAAAUUAUCCAGCAAAUUAUUAAAAUGUUUAAAAGAUAAACACAAAUCCAGGUCCAGAUCAAAUUCAAAAGAUAAAGCACAAGACACUGAAAAGGAUAGAAAGUCAUCUAGAUCACCCUCUACGGACAAAAGGAAAUCUAGAAGUAGGUCAAGAAGUCGUAGUAGGUCACAUAGAAAAUCUAGAAAGAGAAGCGAGUCAAGAAGCCGUAGCAGGUCUCCGAAGAAAAGUAGGUCUGCAAGAAGAUCAAGGUCGCCUCAAAAGUCAAGGUCACCUCAAAGGUCAAGGUCUCCAAGGUCAUCUAAGAGAUAUAGAAGUUCAAGGUCACAUCGAAAACAUAGGAGCCACUCAAGAUCUAGAUCCCCUAGGAGUAAAAGAAGCCGCUCUCCAAGGAAGAGACGGCGUAGCAAAUCACGAUCUCCAAGGAGAUACAGAGAUAGCUCUAGCUGCAGAAGAAGAAGAAGCCGAUCUCGAAGCAGAUCGCCAAAAAGUAGAUUGCGCAGUAGAUCUAGAUCACCUUACAGGAUAAGGUACAGAAGCAGAUCCAGGCCUCCUAGGGGCAGAAGAAGCCAGUCUCCCAGAAGAAGGAGAACCAGGUCUAGGUCCAGAAGGAGGUGCAGGUCUAAGUCCUCCUCAAUAGCAAGCUCACCUGAUAAGUCCAAAGAUGAGGACAUGUCUAAAUACAUGCUGGAUGCUAGUGAUAAACCUGUUGCUGGAGCCAAGCCCACUGUUGAUGUAAUUGGCACAACUCCCAAGGUCAUGGGGGGGACAGGGAAGUCAAUUGCUGAGCUGACAGCAUUUUGUAAGAGGUUGACAGAGGCUCGGGGUAUUGAGACUGACAAUAGUCCUAGCAGUGCUGGGCAGGAUAAAGAUACCGAAGAACCUACCAUCAGUCAUCCUUUUCUCGUCCGUGAUAAGCCUGAUAUUGUCAUUCCUCCUGUGUUGUUCCCAGCAAGACAUAUAGUUCCUACUGUAGACCCAACCAAGCCUCUCACUGAGCAGUUCCCUGUGUCUUGUGGAACUAAGCAUCACGAGAAAGAAGAUGAAGUUACCAUAGAGACAGCAGUGAAAGGAGUAGAUGCCAUAGCAGAGAUGGCACCUAAGGUGUUCGAGCCACCCCCUCAAGAGAAAGUUGAUGUCAGCAAUCUUGUUGUGAAGAGAAUAGAAGCUCAACGGCGCUUGCAGGCAGAUCCUAAUGAUAUUGAGGCCAUGUUACUUGAACAGGAAGUGAGCUUGAAGAUGCAAAGCUGGGCCCAAUCUAAUGUCAAACCUGGACAGUUUACCGGACAUGCAGCCAAGUCCACCCUGUCCAAACAGGAGAUACACUCUGGCUAUCAGGCAUGGGCCAAAAAGGAUAUGUUUCACAAUUUAACCCCAGUCUCUGGUGGUAUUGGUAUGAAGCUGCUGCAGAAGAUGGGCUGGCAGCCUGGACAGGCCAUCGGCAGGACUGGCGAGGGCAAUGUCGAACCUAUUGCAUUGACGGUGAAGACAGAUCGCAAAGGGCUAAGCAGCGGUGGGGAAAAGCCGGGUAACAAAAAGCCUGGAAACAGACCUAUUACUGACUUACAAGGCAAGCACCCCAUCUCAAUGCUACAGGAAAUCUGUGCCAGAAAGAAAUGGCAACUGCCAGACUUCCAGCUCAUAUUUGACCAUGGACCACCGCACUCAAAGCAGUUCCUGUUUAAGGUGGCUGUCAACGGUUACGAGUACCAGCCUCAGGUUGUCAGUAGCAACAAGAAGCAGGCCAAAGCACAAUGUGCCCUGUAUGCUCUGAAGGCGAUCGGCGCAGUGCCCCAUGACGCAACAUUUUAACUCUCAAGUGUUUAUGUGUAAUGACAGAAAGACAGUGAUGAAAAAAUCCCCUAUUUUACAGGUGAGCUAAAGGCUUGAAGGUGAAAGGGCCUUUGUCAGCGACACUUGUGUCAUCUUUGUAGGAGUGGGAAAGCAUUCAUUUCAAUUGGUCUAAUUAGGGGGGUGGAUUUUUACUCCAAAAACUACUGUUACCAUGGAUACAGUUAUAACGAUAACUGGGCGUGGCAGGGCCCACCAAGCAAAGCAUAUAGCGUGCAUCUCGUAACACAGGAAGUUUGAUCGCAAAAUAUUUCAAAGAGACAUGGCUAGAUUUGAUCAAAGUGGACCCUUGGUACCUUAAAGUCGCAUUGUUGCCAGUUUACUUUCGGAGAUCCUACGAAAUACCUCAACCGUUAAAAGACAAAAGAAUGUAUUAGAAUCCGAGAUAUUUAACAGGCCAUCCGCUCUAAAUUAUCGAUCACAUCCUCGAGACACUUCCAAUAGACACACUGCUUUCAAUAUUUUUCAAUAUUUUUCGCAUUUCCGUUAAAAAUUAUUGGAGAUUGUUACGUAAUUGACCGGAAGUAAACUGGUGACAAUGCGGCUUUAAGCUUAGUUAUUAUCACAUUCUUUGUCUUCCGAUACUGGAUAACAAUAAUAAACAAGUGUGGUCAAUAGAGCUCUCUCUUUAGUUGUCUGUCAUAAGUAAACAGCUUUCAAACUUUAGUGUACAAUAGUAUACUAUGUACUAGGAAACCCAUUACUGCAUAGUGUAUGCAUGACUGAUUUGCUUGAUAAAGGAUGGUUCUCACUAGGAUCUACGAGCUAGCUCAAAUGCAACACAAGUAAGAAUUGGUCAAACACGUACAAAAAAACGUCAAGCAGUUGUGUUUCCUUGCACACUUGCACCAAAGGGAUCUAGGAACUCCGAAAAUAGUGAUUUCUGAAUAAACCCACUGGAGAGCCAGCAACAAGGCUGUCCUUGUACUACUUGUGUUUUAGUGAGAAUCAGCGCAUCACACUUGUGCUACCUAGUGAGAACCAAAUCGUAAUAAGAGUGUUGUACAGAAUGGUACAUCUCCAAUGAUGCAAGCCAUCUACUAAAGGGAUCUAUGGUCUGUGUACUUUACAAGUAGUUCCCAGGAGAGUACAUACAACAGUUUUGUCUACAAAUAGCAUGUCCAUUGGGAACCGAAAGUGGACCUUCAGCCAUUGUGGGGGGUCUGUUCGCACCCCCCUGGGUACGGGCAUGUACAAAGAUUUGUGUUACAAAACUCAACUCACUUGUAACUGGGAAAUGUCAGUGAUACAAUGUACCACAUUGCCUAGUACCAGGAAACUUUACCAGGUCUUAUCACCCAACUUCGUCCCCAGGGUCUUCUGGGUAAUCUGACGCCAUAUUGUAAAUUAUCCAGAAGACCCUGGGGACAAGGUUGCUUAUCACCAUCCUUGGUGUUAAGUUUUGAGACAGCUUAGGGUCUAGAUGGUUUCCUGUGACAACACAACUCUUAUCAACCAAAGAAUGCCAAUUUAGAAACCUAGGUAAGGACACCUGGGACCAGGUUGACCCUAAUAUAUGGAAUACAGUUUGGUGGUAGCAUUAAGUUAUACCCCCACCCCCCAGUUCUGUUGUCUAGAAAAUGUGAAGAAAAAACUAUGAGAGAUUACAACUAAGUACAGUGACCCUAGGGUGUUAAUAAAUGGAAUUGUCUUUUUUUUUAUUAAUGGAGGUGUCAAGAGACCAUGUUGUUUAAGGAAAAUAAAUUCAAUAUUUCAUGA